AUGCGCUCUGCAGGUGUAUUUAAGAAGCUCUCGCUGUUGGACCGCUUUCUUCCUGUGUGGAUUAUCGGUGCUAUGGCGCUUGGCAUACUGCUGGGCUAUUUCGUGCCCGCCGUGGAGCGAGCUUUCAGCGGAGUGCAGAUUGUCGACGUCUCCUUAUCAAUAGCUAUAGGUCUGUGGGCGAUGAUGUGGCCGGUGCUGACGAAGGUGCGCUACGAGCUUCUGGGCAGCAUCCUGAGCAGCCGGGCCAUCUGGGGCCAGCUCGCCAUUUCCCUCAUUGCCAACUGGGUCCUCGGCCCUGCCAUCAUGGUGGCGUUUGCGUGGGCGACGCUGCCGGACCUGCCGCACUACCGGGCGGGGGUGAUCCUGGUGGGCCUGGCGCGCUGCAUCGCCAUGGUCCUGCUCUGGAACCAGCUGGCCAAUGGCAGCCCCGAGUACUGCGCCAUCCUCGUCGCCGUCAACUCCAUCCUGCAGAUCGUCCUCUACGCGCCCCUCGCCCUCUUCUACCUCCAGGUGGUUUCGGGCGGCGCGGGUGCGGCCGGGGGAGUGCACAUCGGCUUCUGGCAGGUCGCGCGCAGCGUGCUGCUCUUUCUGGGCAUCCCUCUGCUGGCCGGCAUCAUGACCCGCUACACCCUCCUGGCCACGAUUGGAAAGCGCCGCUUUGAGAACAACUUCAUGCCCUACUUCGGCCCUGUCGCGCUGCUGGGCCUCAUCUACACCAUCAUUGUCAUGUUCUCCCUCCAAGGCCACGAGGUGAUCGCCAACAUCGGCAACGUGUGCCGCGUGGCCGUGCCGAUGAUCCUCUACUUUAGCGUCAUGUUCUUCGGCACGCUGGCAGUCUGCUGGAAGCUGGGAACGCCCUACGAUCAAUCCGUGACUCAGGCCUUCACAGCCUCCAGCAACAAUUUCGAGCUGGCCAUUGCCAUUGCUGUGGGCACCUUUGGAAUCAAGUCCCAGGAGGCUCUGGCCGCCACUAUUGGGCCCCUGAUCGAGGUUCCGGUGCUUCUGGGGCUUGUGUAUGUCGCCCUGUGGCUCAACAAGAAAUGGUGGGGGGCUCCCCGGGGAACCACUGGCGCAUCUGCCUGA